AUGUUAGGUUUCUUUAACCACACUAAGUUAAAUAUACAACAAAGUUACAUACCGCGGGAAGAAGGCUAUCACCCUUUAAUACCACAACGGGAAGAAGGCUAUCACCCUUUUAUACCACAGCAGGAAGUAGGCUAUCGCCCUUUAAUACCACAGCAGGAAGUAGGCUAUCGCCCUUUAAUACCAAAGCAGGAAGUAGGCUAUCGCCCUUUUAUACCACAACGGGAAGUAGGCUAUCGCCCUUUAAUACCACAACGGGAAGUAGGCUAUCGCCCUUUAAUACCACAGCAGGAAGUAGGCUAUCGCCCUUUAAUACCAAAGCAGGAGAUAGGCUAUCGCCCUUUAAUACCAAAGCAGGAAGUAGGCUAUCGACCUUUAAUACCACAGCAGGAAGUAGGCUAUCGCCCUUUAAUACCAAAGCAGGAAGUAGGCUAUCGCCCUUUAAUACCAAAGCAGGAAGUAGGCUAUCGCCCUUUAAUACCAAAGCAGGAAGUAGGCUAUCGCCCUUUAAUACCACAACGGGAAGUAGGCUAUCGCCCUUUAAUACCACAACGGGAAGUAGGCUAUCACCCUUUGAUACCACAGCAGGAAGUAGGCUAUCGCCCUUUAAUACCACAACGGGAAGUAGGCUAUCGCCCUUUAAUACCACAACGGGAAGAAGGCUAUCGCCCUUUAAUACCACAGCAGGAAGUAGGCUAUCACCCUUUAAUACCAAAGCAGGAAGUAGGCUAUCGCCCUUUAAUACCACAGCAGGAAGUAGGCUAUCGCCCUUUAAUACCACAACGGGAAGUAGGCUAUCGCCCUUUAAUACCACAACGGGAAGUAGGCUAUCGCCCUUUAAUACCACAACGGGAAGUAGGCUAUCGCCCUUUAAUACCACAGCAGGAAGUAGGCUAUCGCCCUUUAAUACCACAAAGGGAAGUAGGCUAUCGCCCUCUAAUACCAAAGCAGGAAGUAGGCUAUCGCCCUUUAAUACCACAACGGGAAGUAGGCUAUCACCCUUUGAUACCAAAGCAGGAAGUAGGCUAUCGCCCUUUAAUACCACAGCAGGAAGUAGGCUAUCGCCCUUUAAUACCACAGCAGGAACUAGGCUAUCGCCCUUUAAUACCAAAGCAGGAAGUAGGCUAUCGCCCUUUAAUACCACAGCAGGAACUAGGCUAUCGCCCUUUAAUACCACAACGGGAAGUAGGCUAUCACCCUUUGAUACCAAAGCAGGAAGUAGGCUAUCGCCCUUUAAUACCACAGCAGGAAGUAGGCUAUCGCCCUUUAAUACAUCAACGGGAAGAAGGCUAUCGCCCUUUAAUACCAAAGCAGGAAGUAGGCUAUCACCCUUUGAUACCAAAGCAGGAAGUAGGCUAUCGCCCUUUAAUACCACAGCAGGAAGUAGGCUAUCGCCCUUUAAUACCACAGCAGGAACUAGGCUAUCGCCCUUUAAUACCAAAGCAGGAAGUAGGCUAUCGCCCUUUAAUACCACAGCAGGAACUAGGCUAUCGCCCUUUAAUACCACAACGGGAAGUAGGCUAUCACCCUAUGAUACCAAAGCAGGAAGUAGGCUAUCGCCCUUUAAUACCACUGCGGACUAUAGGACAUCGCCCCUUUAAUACCACAGCGGACUGUAGACUAUCACCCUUUAAUACCACAGCGGACUGUAGGCUAUCACCCUUUAACACCUCAACGGACUGA